GCCUCGCUCGAGCUCGGCUCAUUGACAGCCCUCCCGGCUCGCGCUCAGGGCUCUGCCGCUCAGGGCCCUUUUCCCUUCUCUCGUACGCUCUCCUCCCUUCCUUCCCCGGCGGCGACGACUGGGCGAGCGGCGGCGCCAUCUGUCCUGUCUUCGCCCAGCCCUUUGCCGGCGAUGAGCGCAUCCUCCAGAUAGAUGGCCACAAAGCUCGAUCAAUCUUCUCCUAUCGAGCAUCGGCAACCAAAAUCGGCUGUACCACAAUCUUUGACUCCCAAGAUCUCGAUAUUUGGGACAAAAGCUGGAUUCGUAAUACCCAAGAACAAGCUAGCUGGCUCAAUCGUAACCAGGGGCGCCACUUCCAAGAAUGAUACAGCAACUGCAUCCAAGGAAGAUAACAGCAGGCAUGCUCAGAGAAAGACAAAGUGGGGGCCGGACCUCGCCGCCGACCCUGCCGUGUGCAAAGGAAGGGCUUUGGCCUACCAGACUCGAGUGGAGCAAAUUACCAAGCUGAAAUCCGGAACUUUGGAUAUGGACAGAACUGAAGGUUCAAUAUCCAUUGGAAAAGGCUCAAAUUCUGCUGGCACUGAAAAUCUGAAAGACAAUGAGGGAAAGAUUGCGCUAUUGGAACUUGAAAGAAGCGAAAUUAUUGGUCAGAGAAACCGGUUGGUGCCAAUUUUGGCUGUCAACAAUAAGGUGCCUGAAAACUACAAACCAGUACUUAAGGAAACAAAAAUCCCUCUUCCGGCAGAAGGACAUCCAGGACAUGGUAUUAUUGGAGUUCUUAUAGGACCUGAGAGCAAUACCCAGAAGCAACUACAUGAAGAAACUGGAGCUGUAAUACAAGUUUAUGGGACUAAGAAAAUCAAUGGAAAGAUGACUGAGAUUCAUUAUCAAGACAUAAAUGAAAUUCCAGCUGCUUAUGAAGACCUUCACAUAAAUGUCUCAGCUGACUCUUAUGAUAAAGUAGAUGCUGCAGUUGCAUUGAUUGAGCUGCUUCUGUCUCCUGUUUCUGUGAAGUCAACAACUACUUCAACAACUACUACUGUUUCUUCUGCUGUUACCUCCGGUGAUGUAAAUCCAGUGCAGAAUACAACUUCACAGCAAGGUUUGCUUCAUUACCAAUCGAAUAAUGCUCCUUGGCUGUCCACUCCCCAGACCUAUGGUCCAUCAGUUCCUUCCUCAGGGCCUGUUUUGAGUACAUUACCUAACAAUUCAUUGCAACCACAACCGCUUGCUGGUUCUUUCAGUAUUCCUCCAUAUACAGGCCAACCUCCUCACACGAAUAGCUUGCCAAAAAAUCCAUUUCCUGUUCCUGGACCUCAGCAACCAAUAUCAAACAUAGAUAUGAAAAUAUUUGAGGAUUUUGAAAUUGGGAUUACAGAAUGCUUCAUAUAUAGAUGGUGCUCUUUAGUUUAUACUACAAAAACUUUAGGUCUUCAUUGGAGCUAGAAGAACACAAAGGAACUUUAGCCUCUACAUCAGUUGCUCGAGGCCUUUUUAUUUUGCUAAUUAAGUAUAAGACAAAGGUAUGUAUAUUAUCAUGUUCUGUUGUUCAUUAUUGGAUCUCCACACCUCCGUUUGAAGUCAAUAAUAAACUGUCACAAACAUCUGUGUUAUUUUAUGGUUAAGGUACAUGUUCGGUUCAGAUUUUAUUUACAGUACUAAUGGUUUAAGCAAAGUAGUUUCUGAAGAAUAAAUUAAAAUAGGCAAAUAACCUACCCACAAUAAUUACACCCAGUGGCUCUGCAAAGCCCGAUAGUGUUGCUAGUUUGAAGGCUUGCCAUUUGCUGCACCAGAAACAUGAAAAGUUAGUAUUUCAAAAAGUGUAAAGAUUAUUAAUUUAUUUUGCAGAUAAGUGUCAAGUCAUAUUUAUUUGACUGUUUGUCAUGCAUUUAGUAGUUAUUAUAUGAUAGAAUUUGUGAUUCAGCACUUUGGUAUAACAUAUGUAAAAAUGAAGGGGUCAUAAUAAUUCUGUAAAAAGUUAUACAAUCAUACCUGCUAGUGGCAAAGUACGCUGGGAGAGCUACUGAAAUACCCUGGGCCGGGGGUGAAUGAAAGCAGACGCAACAGAUAUUAGCACAUUGACUUGUGUGUGUGUGUGCGCGCGCGCGUGUGUACAUACACACAUAUAUGCAUACAUGUUUGCACUUCGGAAUGGGGAUAUAAAGUACACUCUCCUUCCACUUUUAUAAGACAUAGUGGAACAUAACACGGUCUUCUAGAUAACACUUUGACUAUUUAUUUAUCAUAUAUUAUAUCAGCUAUGGCCAUAAACUUAUAAUCAUUGUAAUUUUAUUUGAUUACGAAUCCAAUCAUAUAAAAUUUACAUUAUAAAUAUAAAAAGUUAAUAGUCAAAUUAUUAGUCAAAGAUAGAAAAGUUUGAAUCUUGAUAUACGUGUGUGCCUUAUAAAAGUGGAAGGAGGGAGUAGGCCUAGUUUAGAUGCAAAAAUUUUACAUUCCAAAUGGCUAUAAACUUUACAUUCCAAAUGGCUGUAAACUUUAUAUCAAAUAUUUGGACACAUGCAUGAAGUAUUAAAUGUGGACAACAAAAAUCAAUUGCAUAGUUUGCAUAUAAAUUGCGAGACAAAUCUUUUGAGGCCAAUUGCGCCAUGAUUAUUUGACAAUGUGAUGCUACAGUAAAUAUUUGCUAAUGAUAGAUUAAUAGGCUUAAUAAAUUUGUCUUGUAGUUUAUAGGCAGAAUCUAUAAUUUGUUUUGUUAUUAGUCUAUGUUUAAUACUUUAAAUGUGUGUUCAUGUACUUCAAAAACUUUACACCCCUAGGACCAAAUCUUUACAUCCAAAACUUUACAAAGGCCUGUUUAGUUGCAUAAUUCUAAAUAGUGGCCCAAUUUCAAAAAAGUUUUGGAAUUUUGGGUGCGCCUAAACAAAGCCAUAGUACUACACCCACCAAAAGCAUGGGAAUGUUUCACAAGCAGUGUAGACUCAAUUACCUCGGGAAUGUAGUGUAGAGCUAUAGCAAGAGCAAAAUUCAAACCAACACGGAAGCCCUGAUAAGUAGGUAAGAUUAGUUAGCCAUUCAACAUUUACUCCUAAACCCUGAGUACAUAGUUAUACAAUAGUUAAUAACAAACACUCAGGUUUGGCACUUGGAACCCACUUGGCCCAGCUUUGAAGCCUGGGCUAAUUACAAAAUAAGCUAAAAAAAAGACGGAUAUAUAAAUGCUUUGGGUUCUGAGGCUGAGCUUCGGAUAAGCCUGGCUCCCCGGCUCCCCUUUAGCGCAUGCAAUAAAUGACGGGAUUGUUGCGGACACUUUCUUUGGCAACACAAGAACUAGAGGCAUAUCAAAGGAGUAGCUGACGUUCAUGGCUUGAGUUAUUAGACUCGAGUGUCGUCUUAGUUUUUUUGAGUUAGUCUUAUAUAUCCAUGGUCCUGAGUUGUUGAGUUGGUUGAGCAAAAGCUAUUUGUUAGGAGUGAUAGAAGGGUUUGUUAUUAGUGUUGACUCGAGAGCUCGACAGAAACAUUAUAUUUGAGAUUAAGCAAGGAAUAGUCCACCACCACCUAAAAUGGUUGCUCAGAGCCUCCUUAGGGUGAGUAUAUGUCCACCCUUGCUGUUCGUAGCAACCUAGUUACAUCAGAGAGAGAAGCUCCUAUUUUGGUUCCAUUUCUCUAAAGUCAUGCUUAGAGUCACAAACACGAUAAAAAGAAACUACGGCCUCAGGCAAAUGGGGCCUCAUCCAAAUAUUGAGAAUGCAACGGUACCUGUUCACAGUUGAUGAACAGUAAUUGAUUGUGUUUCUACCAUUGUCCAUGGAUUAAAAUAGUUUCUUUAACUAAAAGUUACUAUGAAAUUGGCCGGAAUGUGAUUGACAUGAUUAACACGAUACAGAAAUUAUAUGGGAAAUAAUACCUGUAUGAAUCCUUAUAGUUGGAAGGUUAAUUAUUUCAAUAUUAGGUUACUUUUAUACAAUAUUUAAUUAAUCUUGUAAUCAUCAACUGAUAAUUCAAAAGAAAAAAGGGAUGAGUACUCAUCCCUUAUAUUUAUUCAAUUAACAACGGCAUUUGGUUGUCAGAAAUAGUUGCAACUUUUUUUGGCAAGUAAAAUACCUAGUUACAACAUUGACCAUGUACAAAGAAAUAUCAAGUCAUAAACAUGGGAAACAAUGAACAAUACCUUUGUUGUUCCAAGAAAUGCAGCUGUACCCACGGGGAAAUUUUGCAAACUCACACCGGCAACUGUUGAUUUUUUUGAUGCAAUUAUUAAAAUCAAUUAAACUUGCAGGGAGAGGAAUAUUGUUACAUGUACACAUGCAUCCCCCCAAUAGAAAUUAUUAGCUAUGCAGUUUCAUAAGCUUGAAUAAUUUUACAUUUAUCAUCUAUGUGAAAUUCCAUAAAAAAAUGAUGUUAUUUUGAUAUUUAAUCAGAUCCACCAAAAUUGAAACUAACAACAUUUUAUUUUCAUUGAAUGUGACAUGAAAAUUUACUGCUGGAAUCACUUGCUAAAUUAUAUGUACAUGUACAAUAUGACAUAUAAAGAAAGUGUUUUGUGCUACAUUUUUCGUUCAACAGGCCCUAGACAAUAUAUUAUGUUCUAUCAUAAUCCUACUUCUUUUAAAUUAUUUAAAGCCAACAUGUUUUAUUGAGAACGAAAAUAUUAUAUACAAAUUAAUAAACAUCUAUGGUGAGAUGUUGAUUUGUGCAUAAAUACUAAAAAAUGUCAUGUUUGUAUAACUGUUAUUGAUUUUAUUCUAAUCAUUAUGACAUACUUAUUAAUGAUAUUAAUGUUACCACACACACAUGGUAUGUUUUAUUUUAUCAAUUUCAUAUUUCAUUUCAAAGUUUAACCCAAUAAAUCUGGAUAUUGAUAGAAUGUAUAAAUUAUUGUAUACAAAGAUAGCAACAAAAUAUGCAAAUAGUUUUCUUAUUAGAAUAUAUUAUUUAUGGAUCUACCAAAGUACGUUGGGCUUGUUUAAGGCUUACCAAUUGCUGUGACAACUACGCUAAAGAUCACUCUUCGAUGGUGUCUCAUCAUAAGUUGCUUUCCUGCUAUGCUGUCACCAACCAUCUUUUCCAAAUGAUACAGAGCAGAAAAUCAUAUAUUAGCUUUCCCAUUCAAAUGUGACUAACUGAACAAAUUGAGGGAAAGUGGACCUGUUUGUCAUUUUGAUCUGUCAAAUUACAAUCUGGCUCAGGGAAAACAUCAGCAAUUGUUGAAAAUAGCAGUGCUCCAGCGAAAAACUACAAUCCACAAGUCAAAAAUUUUAAAAAGAGUUUGCAAAUGCCAAUCGAAGAUCUGUCUAUUCUUACCCAAAGGUUUCCUUUCAGAAAACCAAUUGCAUUGACAGCAUCAUAAGCCAAGUCAAAGAAAGACAUGCUCAGCAUGAGUCCAGUAGCAAAGCCCUACAAAAUGGUCAAAAUGUUCUGUCACGUUAAACUGUGAACUUUGUAGGCAACCAGACUUGUUGUUCUUUGAACGUAGGUCUAUAGUCAUAGCAUCAACCUGUAACAUCCCGAGUGUUUUGUUAUUUGGCGCAUGACUAAUGAUAGCCAAUAGUGCACCUGGUGAAUAGAGCACAAGGAUUAUUAGAAAAGACAGUGGGAAAAAGGGUAGCUACUUAUAGAGGUACGGUAACAUCUUGUAUUGACUGUCAUCUGAUUAUAAAUCCUGAGGUUCUUCAAAUGAAUUUACAACUCCUAUUGUUAUCAUAAUAAAUAACUUGCUUGGUUGAUAUUUUUUACGAGAUUGGUUCUAGGACAAUUCUAUCUAGCAGAUAUAUUGGAUAGUGUAUAUGCAUCAUAUUUGAGCAUAAGUGAAGUGCUAAAAGUUAAAGUUUAACAAGUUCACUCAUUAGUAUUAGUCUGUGACAUGUGUCGGUCGAGACUAGACCAUUAGCCAAGUGGCUGUUCUUUUUUUCCCUAUGCAGUUUUACUUUGUUUUGGGAUCGAGACUGGUCUAUCCGUUCCUUAAUGUAAUUACAUGCAUUUAAUAAUUUAUCUUGAGUGUUUGAGAAACUAUUUGAACAUACUUACAAGUUAGAUUUACAUGCUUACAAGUUUGUGUGUAGACACACACACGAGGCUAAAAUGCAACAAUGUGUAUUUUUUGUACAAAAUGCACCCACCCUACAGUUGCAACCGAGAGACUACAUCGAUUGUAACUAGAAGAAUAGACUAAUUGCAACUAGACUGAACUGAUUGCAACUGGACGCGAAACAGUUGUAACUCAGACCAAACUGGUUGCAACUUAGACCGAUCCAUUGCAACUAGACUUAAACCAGUUGCAACUCAGACCGACUUGGUAACGGAAGGCUUGAGGAGGAAGCGGCUGUGCUGCUGCUGCUGCUGCUGCUAGAAGAAGAGAAGUACUUGCUGGAUGAAUGGGUGUUUGGAUCGAUCGAUCGAUCGAUUCGGGAUGGAGAUGGAUCGAUGUGGGUUUGUAUCCCUUUAUUUAUAUACAUAUAUAAAGGCAACUGAUGAAA